AUGGCACGUGCCAUCGCGGCGGCGCGGCGGACUCCAGCGCGCAUCAUCGAAAGAAAAGCCGCGCCAAGCAAGCGCUCCACCACGACCACCGCCGCCAUGCAGACAUCACGGCUUCCAUUGGGGCGGCAACUGCUGCACGCGCGGACACGCGCGGUACCACGGCCGGUGAGGGCCUUCUCUGCCUCCCCGCCAAGGGGCGUCCGGGAACCGCCUCCGCCGCCGCCGCCGCCUCAGGAUGGGACGACGCACUUUGGCUUCGAGACGGUCGCAGAGGCCCUGAAGGAGCAGCGAGUGCGCGGCGUCUUCUCCUCGGUCGCCUCUUCGUACGACUCGAUGAACGACUUCAUGUCGCUCGGCAUCCACCGCCUGUGGAAAGACCACUUCGUGCGCAACCUCAACCCUGGCCGCAACCCGCUCACAUCCUCGUCCUCGUCUCCAGAUGCCAAGGGCUGGAACAUCCUCGACAUUGCUGGCGGAACCGGCGACAUCGCCUUCCGCAUGCUCGACCACGCCUCGCACAUCAACAAUGACGCCCACACCAACGUCACCGUGGCAGACAUCAACCCGGACAUGCUUGCUGAGGGCAAGAAGCGCAGCCUCCAGACGCCCUAUGCCAGGUCGCCGCGCCUGAGGUUCGUCGAGGCGAACGCCGAGAAGCUCGACAUGAUCCCUGACAACUCGAUCGAUCUGUACACCGUCGCCUUCGGCAUCAGGAACUUCACGCACAAGGAUGUCGCGCUGAAGGAGGCCUUCAGGGUGCUGAAGCCAGGCGGCGUCUUCGCUUGUCUCGAAUUCAGCAAGGUCGAGAACCCCUUAUUCAACGCCGUCUACCAGCAGUGGUCGUUCAACGCGAUCCCCUACAUUGGACAGUUGGUCGCUGGCGACAAGGCCUCGUACCAGUACUUGGUCGAGAGCAUUGCUCGUUUCCCCAGCCAGGAGGAGUUCAGCGGUAUGAUCAGGGACGCUGGCUUCUUGAUACCCGGCAAGGGCUACGAGAACCUGACUGAUGGCAUUGCGGCGAUACACAAGGGCGUCAAACCUGCAUAA